UUUUAAACUAAGAUGAAUUUUUUGAACCUAAUCUCAAAUUUUUGAUUACCAUUUUAAGAAAUGUCAAGGAGUUCAAUAUGAUGAAAAUAGACCAACUUCCAGAACACAUUUUGGAAGAGAUAUUUUCAUUUAUAUCAGACAAGGACGAUUUGAGAAUUGUCUGUAAGACUUUUAAAGAUAUCAUCGAUAAUUUUGCAAAGUUAAUGAAAGAUCGAUGGCUUAUAAUUGAUAAUGUCCUGGAUGUUGAUUCGAGUACCAUUCAUCAUCAGUAUCAAAAAAUAGUUGUAUAUAAUAUAGGAAGCAAAGGAAUUAAAUGGAUAUCUAAUUAUCCGUAUAAGAAUCGAAUUAAAGCAAUCAAGAUUAGGUGCUGUGAAGAUGAUUUAGUCAUAUCAGCACAUUAUAUUCAAUACAUUCUAUCAAAUUUCAAUGAACUGAAAAUGCUCUAUUUUAUGACAUGUGAAUCAUGUAAAUUGCAUGAAUCAUCCUUUGACGAAAUCAAGCUGAUACCAAACCAACUGUCUAAUUUGGAAUCUUUACAUAUCAAAUAUUAUUCAGAUCAUCCUAACAACAUCUUAGAAAUGUUCUCAGACAUACCGACUAUCAAAAAUAUAAUUAUUGAUGGCUUUGAAGUACUAAAAUUUCCAAGUAAGGUUGAAUGGCAACUUGAGCAAUUAAUAAUUCCAUAUUCAUUUGAUCAAGAAAUCGAUGAUGACAAUUUUAAGUCAUUCUUAGAAAGCCAACAGUCUACAUUGAAAAAAUUAAUAUUUCCCGAUUCUUUGAACUAUACUUUCUUUGUCAUGCGUAAUUUAUCAAAUUUAGAUAAUCUUACUUUGAGCAUUGAAUGUUACCAUCAAGAAAAUGACAGUUUUUUGAUUGGAAAUUCACAAUUACAACGCCUAAACAUAGUGGAUACAGUUAACCCGUAUGUUCUGGAAAAGUUCCUCAAUCAUUACAAAAAUAUCAAGUACCUUAGCAUCACAUCAAAAUGUCAAAGUAGUGAUUUCAACUUUAAUCCGUCGCUUAAUUUAAACUUGAAAAAUUUGACACAUUUACUGUUGAAAGGAACAGAUUGCUUUCCAUUUUUAAAUUUUGAUUUACUUAACAUAAAGGUUCUGGUAUUAACAUUCAGUGACGAUGAGAUAUAUUAUGGUUUUUCACAGUUUUCAAGCGAAAAUUUACAAAAUGUUGAAAAGUUAAGCCUCCGUUUCCAGAAAGUGAAGGAAGUCCUUCCAGUGCUUUCAAAAUGUUCGAAACUGACUGAAUUAAACUUACAAAUUGAAGAAUGGAACAAAGUUAAAAAUAAGACCAUCAUCAGCAACAUUAAUGUUAUCUUAUCGGUUGUGCCUAACGUGAAAUAUUUGGGUAUAUGUUCAUCAUUGAAUCAAAAUUUAGGAAGUGAAGAAAUGCUGGAUGAAAUUAAUAGUAAAGGUGUGACUUUGACAAUCUGCAAUGAUUUUAGAUCGUGGAUUGCUGAAGAUUGGGGGACAGAAAAUGUUAAGUAUAUGGAUUUGUUUUAAUUAUUUUUAUAUGCACUGGAUAUUGAGAUAUUUAAUAAAUCUUAUUUUGUUUUUUGCUUAAAAA